AUGGGCGACGACUACCGAAGAGGGGCUCCGGAGCCCCCGCGAGACAACCCUUACCCGCCGCUCCCUGAGAGUGACGAUCGCAGGCGGCUACCGCCCAUGAGUUCUGACAACGUCUCUCUUCCCCCGAUGUCGUAUCCCCCUCCGCCACCGCCAGCCUAUCCAACGGAGCCGCGGUACCCUGACCGAGGAUACUCAGAUCCAAGAUACCCACCGGACCCGAGGGGUUGGCCUCCUCCCCCUCCCCCUCCAGAGCCGGCUCAUCAGAACGGAUACUCCUCUCAGCCGGAUACGCGUUAUCCUCCCCCGUAUCCGCCUCAGGAUCCUCGGCAGUACGACAACCGAAGGCCAUAUGACGAUCGACGACCUUACGAUGAUAGGAGACCGUAUGACGACCGCAGGCCGUACGAAGACCAGAGGGCAUACGAUGACCGGGGACAAUAUCAUGAUGGGAGGGCCUAUCCCCCCCCGCCGCCGCCGCCGCCACCUCCGGACCCGUAUUACGACCGGCAGGCGGCUCAAGGGAGAGUUGGAGGUUAUGGACCUGAUUACUAUCGGUAUCCGCCAAACUACCCUUAUCCGAUGCCUCCUCCGCCUCCUCCUCCUCCGCCGCCACAGCAGUCUGCCCCGCGGCAGAGGACGUCAAUUGCUUGCCGAUACUGCCGCAAGAGAAAGAUUCGCUGCAGCGGUUAUACGCACACGACGAACGGCAAAUGUACCAACUGUGACAAAUUGAAAAUCGACUGCAUUUUCCAGCCGGUCUCAUCUAACUCGUCUACCGCAUUUGUUCCUGUCCAAGCUGUUCCUGGAGGAGUUCCUCCAGGCACCCCACUCUUUGGGGCAUACGGACAGCCCCUUCCUCCGGCAACAACAGCACCAGCCCCUCAAGCGCGGUCCUACUCUCAAUAUCCGCCAUCCGAAUAUCACCCCCCAGUUCAUUCGCCCACGGGGGCAUAUCCUGCAUAUGACGACAAAGACCCCGGAAGGAGAAGACCACGACCUCCGGAAGAAGAACAUGGCUCCCGGCCGCCGCCGCCGAACUACCCUGUCGAUGAUGAUCCGCGUAGACGGUCACCUGUAUCAAUGAAUAGCAACGGCACGCCGCCCACUGGUUACCCUCCCUACCAGCCGCAAGGUCCAUAUGAUCGCGAUAACAAGCUUCCGCCACCUAGCCAUCAGAGUCCUGCUCGUUCACUACCUCCGCCUUCACAGUCUCAAGCGCCGCCGCCUCCGCCAAUUCAACCGGUGCAACCUUCCCCUCAGUACCAUCCUCCUCCUCCUCCGCAACCUUCCUCCAGUUACUCAAAUCCGAUGAGCUUAGACAACCUCAUUGGACGAGAGCCUCGCAGUGCUGUGAAUGAUAUCGACCGUAGUAUGCUUGGGCGGUUGGAUCGCAGGAGUUAG